CCCCCGUUGCGUUCCGCCUCCAAAUAACAACCCCGCAUCAGCAAGCAUACACUUUUCUUCAAUUUCGAUUUCGAUUUCUCAGUGUACCCUUACUAUAUACCUCAUAACAUAAUACAAAACACUACUAUACCAACAUGUCUUCUGCCGCCUGUAUCUUCUGCAAGAUCAUCAAGGGUGAUAUCCCUUCCUUCAAGCUCUUCGAGAGCGACAAGGUCUUUGCUUUCCUCGAUAUCCAGCCUCUGAGCCGUGGCCAUGCGCUCGUGAUCCCCAAGUUCCACGGCGAGAAACUCACCGAUAUCCCCGACGAGUACCUCAACGAGGUCUUGCCCGUCGCAAAGAAGCUCGCACAAGCUGCUGACGCAAAGGACUUCAACGUCCUCCAGAACAACGGCUCGAUCGCCCACCAGGUCGUUCCACAUGUUCAUUUCCAUAUGAUCCCCAAGCCUAAUGAGAAGGAGGGUCUCGGUGUCGGCUGGCCCGCUCAGGAGACUGACAUGGACAAGCUCAAGGCUCUCCACGAGGAACUCAAGUCCAAGAUUUAGAUGCCACAAUGACUAUGUAUAAUCCGUACCGUGUCACUAAACCUGAUUUGAAAGCGUCGGGUGGGAUUUGUAUCACGUAUCUCCAGGUGACACCGCAUCUGAUAUAUAUCCUUGGUCAAUAAAAGAUUACAUUAAAUUUUCGUGUAAGCUACGGCUGACUUAGUCUGGUGUAACCCGUGCAGAAAGGAGAGCAAAAAUGUUGUUCUUUGAGCUGUGGCAGCUAAG